GCGGCCUGCCGGGGAAGUCACACUCGGCCGCCGCCGCGGGCGCAGCGAGCGGAGACGCGCGGGGCCGAGGCGACCUGACCUGGACGAGCGGCGCGCGCGGGGGCCCAGGCUGGGGGCGGGAGGCAGCGCCGGGCAGCGCGGGCCACCGGGCCCGGGAGAAGCGGAGCCGAGAGGAGCGGGGCACACACGGGCGGGGCCGCCGCAGCUCCGGAUGGGACCAGCGUCUGGGCCCGUUAGUCCAGGCAGGAGCUUCGGGAGAAGCCUUCACUGGGAGAGUCACCCCUGCCUUUCCCUGCCCUCCGGCCCAGGCCUCGCUUCGCUCCCUGCCUGCCCAUGUCCCAGUCCUUCCGCGGCGGGCUCCCUCCCACCUCAGCCCGGGGCUCCGGCUUUUCGCAGCUCUUUGCCCUCCCGGCCCGGUCAGCUGUGAGGUGCCCCCAGGCCGUUUCUUUGUACCAGCCUCCCCCAAGUCCCCACCCCAUCCCAGUCUUAGAUCCCCCCUUUCUCGGUUUGGGAUUAUCAGGCCACUUCACCCCUCACUGUCCUCAUCCCGGUCGCAGGCCCCCUUGGUCCCUUCCUCCUUCUGCCACCCUGUCCUUAGUCCUUGGUCCUUGCUGUAGGUUGGUAGCCCACUCCUUCCCGACCCAGGCUUCCCCCCAUCCCCUUCUUGCGUGGUCCCCAGCACUUUCUGUAUCCGGGCCGACUAAGCUUGUCCCAGUUCUCUUCCUGGUCCUCUUCCUCAGGCUCCAGGCUGGGUGGUGCUUGUGUCUGCCCAGUAGGCCAGAGCGGCCCCUGGUUCGGAGGGCCGUGGGUCAGCUGCGCUAUCCCCAUGGCACUGCCAUCACUGCUGCUGGUGGUGGCAGCCCUGGCAGGUGGGGUGCGUCCUCCGGGUGCGAGGAACCUGACGCUGGCAGUGGUGCUGCCAGAACAUAACCUGAGCUAUGCCUGGGCCUGGCCACGGGUGGGUCCUGCUGUGGCACUGGCUGUGGAGGCACUGGGCCGGGCACUGCCCGUGGACCUGCGGUUUGUCAGCUCCGAACUAGACGGCGCCUGCUCUGAGUACCUGGCACCACUGCGCGCUGUGGACCUCAAGCUGUACCAUGACCCCGACCUUCUGUUGGGCCCCGGGUGUGUGUACCCUGCUGCCUCUGUGGCUCGCUUUGCCUCACACUGGCACCUUCCCCUCCUGACUGCGGGUGCAGUGGCCUCUGGUUUUGCAGCUAAGAAUGAGCAUUAUCGUACCCUGGUUCGCACUGGCCCCUCUGCUCCCAAGCUGGGUGAGUUCGUAGUGACAUUACACGGGCACUUCAAUUGGACUGCUCGGGCUGCCUUGCUGUAUCUGGAUGCUCGGACAGAUGACCGGCCCCACUACUUCACCAUCGAGGGUGUCUUUGAGGCCCUGCAAGGCAGCAACCUCAGUGUGCAGCACCAGGUGUAUGCCCGAGAGCCAGGUGGCCCUGAGCAAGCCACCCACUUCAUCAGAGCCAACGGGCGCAUUGUGUACAUCUGCGGCCCUCUGGAGAUGUUGCAUGAGAUCCUGCUUCAGGCCCAGAGGGAGAACCUGACCAAUGGGGACUAUGUCUUCUUUUACCUCGAUGUCUUUGGGGAGAGUCUCCGAGCAGGCCCCACUCGUGCAACAGGCCGGCCAUGGCAGGACAAUCGAACCCAGGAACAGGCCCAGGCCCUCAGAGAGGCCUUUCAGACUGUACUGGUGAUCACAUAUCGAGAGCCCCCAAAUCCUGAGUAUCAGGAAUUCCAGAAUCGCUUGCUGAUCAGAGCCCGGGAAGACUUUGGUGUGGAGCUGGCCCCAUCCCUGAUGAACCUCAUUGCUGGCUGUUUCUAUGAUGGGAUCCUGCUCUAUGCCCAAGUCCUGAAUGAGACAAUACAGGAAGGAGGCACUCGGGAAGACGGACUUCGGAUUGUGGAGAAGAUGCAGGGGCGAAGAUACCAUGGUGUGACUGGGCUUGUUGUUAUGGACAAGAACAAUGACCGCGAGACUGAUUUUGUCCUGUGGGCCAUGGGAGACUUGGAUUCUGGGGACUUCCAGCCCGCAGCCCACUACUCAGGAGCGGAGAAGCAGAUCUGGUGGACAGGCCGGCCUAUUCCCUGGGUGAAGGGGGCCCCACCUUUGGACAAUCCCCCCUGUGCCUUUGACUUGGACGACCCAUCCUGUGAUAAAACCCCCCUUUCCACUCUGGCGAUUGUGGCGCUGGGCACGGGAAUCACCUUCAUCAUGUUUGGUGUUUCCAGUUUCCUAAUUUUCCGGAAACUGAUGCUGGAGAAGGAGCUGGCUAGCAUGCUGUGGCGCAUUCGCUGGGAAGAGCUACAGUUCGGCAACUCGGACCGCUAUCAUAAAGGUGCAGGCAGCCGCCUAACACUGUCGCUGCGGGGAUCCAGUUACGGCUCGCUCAUGACAGCCCAUGGGAAAUACCAGAUCUUUGCCAACACCGGUCACUUCAAGGGAAACGUCGUUGCCAUCAAACACGUGAAUAAGAAGCGCAUAGAGCUGACCCGGCAAGUUCUGUUUGAACUCAAGCACAUGAGAGACGUCCAGUUCAACCACCUCACUCGCUUCAUCGGGGCCUGCAUAGACCCUCCCAACAUUUGCAUUGUCACAGAGUAUUGUCCUCGCGGGAGCUUACAAGACAUUCUGGAAAAUGACAGCAUCAAUUUGGACUGGAUGUUUCGCUAUUCACUCAUUAAUGAUCUUGUGAAGGGUAUGGCCUUUCUCCACAACAGCAUUAUUUCAUCUCAUGGAAGUCUCAAGUCCUCCAACUGUGUGGUGGAUAGUCGUUUUGUGCUCAAAAUAACAGAUUACGGUCUGGCUAGCUUCCGAUCAACUGCUGAACCUGACGACAGCCAUGCCCUCUAUGCCAAGAAGCUGUGGACUGCCCCCGAACUGCUUAGUGGGAACUCCUUGCCAACCACAGGCAUGCAGAAGGCAGAUGUCUACAGCUUUGCCAUCAUCCUACAGGAAAUAGCACUCCGCAGUGGGCCUUUCUACUUGGAAGGCCUGGAUCUCAGUCCCAAAGAGAUUGUCCAGAAGGUUCGAAAUGGUCAGCGGCCAUAUUUCCGGCCAAGCAUUGACCGGACACAACUGAAUGAAGAGUUAGUUUUGUUGAUGGAGAGAUGUUGGGCCCAGGAUCCAGCGGAACGUCCAGACUUCGGGCAAAUCAAGGGCUUCAUUCGCCGGUUUAACAAGGAAGGAGGUACGAGCAUUUUGGACAACCUCUUGCUGCGCAUGGAGCAGUAUGCCAAUAACCUGGAGAAGCUGGUGGAGGAGCGCACACAGGCAUACCUAGAGGAGAAGCGCAAAGCUGAGGCUCUGCUCUACCAAAUCCUACCCCAUUCCGUGGCAGAGCAGUUAAAACGGGGAGAGACUGUCCAGGCAGAGGCUUUUGACAGUGUCACCAUCUACUUCAGCGACAUCGUGGGCUUCACUGCACUGUCGGCGGAGAGCACGCCUAUGCAGGUGGUGACACUUCUUAAUGACCUUUAUACCUGCUUUGAUGCCAUAAUCGACAACUUUGAUGUCUACAAGGUGGAAACCAUUGGGGAUGCCUACAUGGUGGUAUCUGGCCUUCCAGGCCGAAAUGGUCAGCGCCAUGCACCAGAAAUUGCUCGCAUGGCCCUAGCAUUAUUAGAUGCAGUGUCUUCCUUCCGCAUCCGCCACCGACCCCAUGACCAGCUGAGGUUACGUAUAGGCGUUCAUACUGGGCCGGUCUGUGCUGGGGUUGUUGGUCUGAAGAUGCCCCGGUACUGUCUUUUUGGAGACACAGUUAACACUGCUUCUCGGAUGGAGUCUAAUGGUCAAGCUCUAAAGAUCCAUGUCUCCUCGACCACCAAGGAUGCCUUGGAUGAGCUAGGAUGCUUCCAGCUAGAGCUGCGUGGAGAUGUGGAGAUGAAGGGAAAAGGAAAAAUGCGAACAUAUUGGCUCUUAGGGGAGCGAAAAGGACCUCCUGGCCUCCUGUAAACCCCAGCCAGACAACCUCCUGCUGCUGGUACUUUGGACAAUGACCACCAUCUCUCCAUACAACAAAAACAGACAUUGUCAUGAGAUGGAAAACACACACACAUACACACACACACACACA